AUGGGAAAGAAAGGGUUAGGCGAGAUGAACGACAACGGGGAGAGAUUUGCCAACCUGUGCGCCACAAGUAACCUGGUCAUCGGAGGAAGUGUUAUCCAUCACAGAAGGAUACACAAGGCAACUUGGGUGUCACCAGACCUGCCAACAGAGAACCAGAUUGAGCACCUGUACAUCGCAAAGGAGUUUCGUCGCUCUAUUCAGGAUGUACGUGUAAAGCGUGGAGCAGACGUGUCUUCCAUUCGUCCAUACCAUUAUCUCCUUGUCGCCCGAUUGAAAAUGAAGCUGAAGAAGAGUUGGGCAGAGGGACCCGGCCAACGGUACAACACUGCUACAGUAACACUGAAAGACACCACUACGCAAGAAGAGUUCAAGGCCGAUCUCUCCAACAAGUUGCAGGUCCUAGAGGAGCUGCUUGAAGAAGAGACGAUAGAGCAGAAUGCUGCACUCCCACAAAGGAAGAUCAGCAGCGACAUCAAGCAAUUAAAGAACGGCAUAUCUGCAGGACCUGACAGCAUACAUGCAGAAGCGUUUAAGGCUGACGUGGGGACCAGUGUGGAGCUACUACUCCCGCUCGUCAGCAAGAUAUGGGAAGAAGAAGAAAUUCCAUUAUAG